UGGGAGAACUUCCUCUGCCUGUAAGAUGACUCCUAGACGCUCCGACUUCAUGGGACACGAGCUGCCAGGCAAUGUUGCUUUGAUAAUACUACGAUACCGAGACAUUCCAGCUUGCCCUACGGCCCAACCCACCAAUGAGCGUCAUGCUACUCGACUCGCCAUUGGCUCUUUCGUGUGUACGGUGCCUCCCGCCCCGCCGCCGCCUCCGCCACCGCCAUCGCAGCCACCGCCUCCGCCGCCGCCUCCUCCGCCGCGCCGUCGGCCACCGCCAUGCACCCCGCCUCCGCCGCUCCUGCGCCCCCACCGCCUGCCCCGCCGUCGCCACCCCGCCGCUUCCGCGCACGCCUCCUCCCCUCCCCCUCCUACCGCCCGCCCCCCCGCCACGCGCGGCCUCCUCUCCUCCGCCCCGCCGCCACCGCGCACCGCCCGCAGCCUCCGCGUUGCGGCCUCCGCCGCGCGCCGCCUCCCGCCCCCACCCCCGCGCCCCACCGCAGCGCCGGCCUCCUCCGCCGGCCGCCCGUCGGUUGCGCCUCCGCCGCCGCCGCUUCCGCCCCCACCGCCCACCCCCGCCGCCACCACCUCCGCCGCCGCCGCCGCCGCCACCCAACUACAUACUCCCGUCCGCACUCGCUGCCUUCAGUAG